GCAGCGUUUCUGUCACGAAACUGGACUAAUCAACUUAGUUGAGUCAGUAUUUAAGGCAAGGUGAAUUAAUUAAGAGUAUCUGCACCAUUUGUCAGAUGUGUUUUCAGCCCGUAGUCAGAGGAGCUUCUGCGAUGUAAAGACAGAUAGUCUUUGGAUGGUUUUCCCAUGAGCAAUGUCAAAACCAAGAGGUCUUCACAGAGGACACAAUGGACCCUACAGAGCCUCGUAGAAAUACACAUGUGGCUGGCGAACCUGGCAGUCCGGAAGAAAGGCAUCUGUACCGAUUAUCCAGUGGAAUGACAUUAGAAGAAUUCCACCAGUGGCGAGAGGUACUGAUGAUAAAUCCAACAAUGGCCAUGAGCCCUUUACUGACAGCAUCAGGGCAGCAAAGGAUCCCGCUGGCUCCCUCACCAUUUGAACCUCCAACUGUGGACAGAGAUUUAUUGCCUUCCACUGUAGCUCCAACUGACCCAAGACAGUUUUGUGUUCCAUCCCAAUUUGGAUCCUCUGUUCUACCAAAUGCAAACAUGCCAAACAUGAUGCCCAAUCGUGUCUAUUCAGGUUGGGGCAUUUUACCACCUGAAUCCUUAAAGGCAAUGGCCAGAAGGAAUGAAAUGAUUCAAAGGCAGCAUACUGCCAGGAUGGAAAUGGAAAUGCAUGCCAUUUACCAACAAAGAAGAAUAGAAAAAGUGAAUCCCAAGGGAUUAGCAAGUCUAGGGAUACCAUUCCUCUAUGGCUCCAGUAUCUCAGCGGGCCCAGCCACCUGCCACCAAAGGGCCGUGCUCCCUGCCAGUGACCUGCAUUUAUACAGACGCUCCCUGAGAAACCUUCAUGGAAACCCCAUGCUUGUGGCAACUGGUCCACACUUUCUAGAGGGCUGGGGGCAGAAAUGUCCUCAUCUCAGGAGAGGUGCAGGGAAUCAGAAAGUUCUAGACAGUGAUACUGAGAGUUCCAAAAGUCAAGCAGAAGAAAAAUCCCUAGGCGAGAUUCAAGUAAUUCCCUAUGAAGAGGAUGAGUAUGCAAAAGGCCCAGAAAUUGAAGCUCAAAACAAUCAGAAGUCAAAAGAAACCAACAAAAAGCCACCUGCAGUUCUCGCCAAUACUUGCGGAGAGUUACAGCCCCCCCACAGAAAACCCUGGGGAACCCAUGAUGCUCAGAUGGAAGCUAAGGCCUGGGACGGUGGGAGAGAGAAGGUCUCAGAGCAGUUUUCUGCAGCCUGUGGUGAAAAGAAUGGGGUUUACCCUCCACUUCCUCAACGAUCUUUGCCAGGAACACAUGUGCUGGUUACAAGUGGGGAAAACCUGUCUUUGGAUGAAGAUAUUCAGAAAUGGACCGUGAGUGAUGUGCAUGACUUCAUUAGUGGCCUUCCGGGGUGUUCAGACUAUGCUCAGGUAUUUAGAGAUCAUGCAAUUGAUGGAGAAACUUUGCCCUUGCUCACAGAGGAGCAUCUUCGAAGCACCAUGGGAUUAAAGCUAGGGCCGGCACUCAAGAUCCAAUUGCAGGUGUCUCAACAUGUGGAAAGUAUGCUCUACAAGAAAAGGUUUUCACUUCCUACCCAUACAAAACAAGCAUUCGAUCAACCAGCAGAUGCGUCCCCUCCUCUGGAUUUUAAUCCCUGGGGUGAAACAAUGGACAAUACCUGUUCCCAGGAUAUAAUAAUUCCUAAAGGAAAUGAGCGAGACAGUAUGAGAAAUUAAAACUCGCAAGAAACAAGAACUGUCUUAGUCAGUUUUCCAAAGAGUCUGGGAUAUCCUGAAGGGUGUGCGAGGGUUUCCCAGGGCCAGAUGGAGGCUGAGAGGGAGAGAAAGCCAGCCUCCUGAAGUUUCGCGGAGGAGGCCUGGCCCCAGAGGCUUCCCCAAGUGGCCUUAGCACAAAGUGGCUGAAGGUGAACCCUUGGAAGCACAAGCUAAAUAAAGGAAAGACUGUGCAAACAUUAGAAAAAGUUGCAGAUGGGGGUUUCCAUAAGGAAAACUCAGAAGCCAAAACAGCUGAUAUUGAAAGAAAAAAAAAAAGAGCCCUUUAACCUUCCCUCACUCAUUUCCCACUCCCAGGAAAGAGACAAAGGCAGCCCAGUGAAGUCAGAAGGAGGCAGAAGAGAAGGUG